AUGACUACUGCUACUGCUUCUUUCAAUGAUACAUUUAGGGUAUCUGACAAUGUUGCUGUUAUAGUGCCAGAAACUGGUUUGGAGGUGACUUAUAGGGAUUUGUCCCAUAUGGUUGGACACUUCCAGACAAUCUUUAAGGACCCUAACUCACCAUUGUAUGGUGUUGUGCAUAGACAAAGUGUCAUCGCCAUGUCAAUGCCAAAUGGCUUGGAGUUUAUUGUUUCCUUCUUGGCAACUACAAUGGAUGCCAAAGUUGGUGCUCCUCUAAACUCGAAUUAUAAAGAAAAAGAAUUUGAUUUCUACCUUGGCGACUUAAAGACAAGCUCCAUUUGUGUUCCUAAGGGUACUGUUGGGACUAACGCUGAGGUUUUAAAAUCGGCUAAGAAUUUCAAUUGUUUUAUUAUCGAGUUGGAGCUAAAUCCAGAGAGAUUCAGAGUCGAGUAUCAAGUUUACUCUCCAAAGGACAACUACAAGAAGGCAAUUUACUCAUCUUUGAACAACGCCAAGUUUGUUAAUAACGAUAAUGUCAGGUUUCCAGGUUAUGCCCGGUCAAGCGACGUUGCCUUAGUUUUGCACACCAGUGGUACAACAUCCAGACCAAAGACGGUACCAUUAAUGCAUUUGAAUAUAGUAAGAAGCACUUUGAAUAUUUCGAGAACUUACAAAUUGAAUGAAACUGACAGAUCAUAUGUAGUCAUGCCAUUAUUCCAUGUCCACGGCUUAAUUGGUGUUUUAUUAUCGACUUUUAGGACUCAAGGCUCCGUUGUUGUACCACCUCGAUUCAGUGCCAAGAGAUUUUGGGAUGAUUUUAUUAAAUACAAGUGCAAUUGGUUUAGCUGUGUGCCAACGAUAAGUAUGAUAGUAUUAAAGACGCCUAAACCUGCUAAUGGUAUUCCACAUAUCAGAUUCAUCAGAUCAUGCUCCUCUGCAUUGGCUCCUGCUACUUUCCACAAGUUAGAAGAAGAGCUAAAAGCGCCGGUGCUUGAGGCAUAUGCUAUGACAGAAGCUUCCCACCAAAUGACCUCCAAUAACUUGCCUCCAGGUAAACGUAAACCUGGUACUGUUGGUCAACCACAAGGUGUUGAAGUCAGAAUUUUAGACGACAAGGACAAUAUCCUACCUCAAGGUGAAAUAGGUGAAGUUUGUAUCCGUGGAGAGAAUGUUACCCCUGGUUAUGCCAACAAUCCAAAGGCAAAUGAAGAGAACUUUACAAAGAGAGAAAACUAUUUCAGAACCGGUGACCAGGGUUACUUCGAUGCUGAGGGGUUCUUGGUUCUCACAGGUAGAAUUAAGGAGUUAAUUAAUCGGGGUGGUGAAAAAAUUUCUCCAAUUGAAUUGGAUGGGGUUAUGCUAUCACACCCAAAAGUCGAUGAAGCUGUAUGCUUUGGUGUUCCGGAUGAAAUGUACGGCCAGGUGGUUCAUGCUGCUGUUGUCUUAAAGAAAGGGGAGAAAAUGACCUAUGACGAACUAACUGCGUACAUGCAAGAUAAAGUGGCCAAGUUCAAGAUUCCAGCAAAGGUAUAUUUCGUUGAAACUCUACCAAAAACUGCGACAGGCAAGAUACAAAGACGUAUAAUCGCCGAAGCUUUCGCAACAAAGAAGAGCAAACUAUAA